GACGACGAGAUCGAUGAGAAGAGAGUAAACCCUAGCAGCAGCAGCAGACACACACACACUAAAAGUCCAUCGCAUCGAGAACAGAGGAAAAGCCAAAGAUGACUUUCAAGCGCAGAAACGGUGGAAGGAACAAGCACAACAGAGGUCACGUCAAGCCAAUCAGAUGCUCCAACUGUGGCAAAUGUUGUCCCAAGGACAAGGCCAUUAAGAGGUUCAUUGUGAGGAACAUUGUGGAGCAGGCUGCUAUUAGAGAUGUCCAGGAAGCUAGCGUCUACGAAGGAUACACAUUACCGAAGCUAUAUGCAAAGACGCAAUACUGUGUCUCCUGUGCUAUCCACUCUCACGUCGUUAGAGUCCGAUCCCGCACCAACCGUAGGGUCCGUACUCCUCCACCUCGUUUCGCCAGACGCAAGGAGGAUACUCCCAAGCCUGGGCAACCAGGACAGGCCCCUCGUCCAGCUGGACCUGGAGCUGCAGCUGCACCGCGUGUCUGAAAUCUGCAAUCAGCUUAAAUUGUAGUUUCAUUGUUCAAGAUUUUUGUUUUUCGUAUUUUGGCUUCAGAUUUUAUUCCCAUGUGAAUCUCCAAAUGCUGUUUCUUUAAUAAAUGUCUCGACUUUGU